AUGAAAGGCUAUAUCACAUAUUGUGAUUUUAAUGACAACAUAAGGCCACUGUGUGACUGGAAACAGCAUUAUGGAGGCCAAGACCAUGGAGACUGGAUAAGGGCAAAAUCUUCCACACCAAGUCCUGGCACUGGCCCUGAUGGAGAUUACCCAGAUGGAAAUGGUUAUUAUCUCUAUCAAGAAGACACCAACCUGAUCCCUAAUGACGCAGUUCGACUUGAUAGCCCAAAACUUGACAUCAGCAAUGAUGUAUGUGUGGAAUUCUGGUACUACAUGUCUGGCUCUGAAACACAGAAUGAACUCCAAGUCCUAAUCCUUGAUGAAAAAAGUCAAACAGUCUUUUGGAGACAAACUGGGCACCAGAGUUCUAAAUGGUUAAAUGGCUAUUUCACUUACCAAUCAAAACAACCAACAUCUAUUCAGGUCCUAUUUGUAGCUGUCCGCGGGCUAACAGAAUAUGGUGAUAUAGCUAUUGACAAUAUCGGCGUUAAAAAUGGACCUUGUGUGCCAGGGACUACCAUCCCACCAACACCUGCAGAACCACCAGGUGGGACUUGUAUCGGCUAUGGAGAUCCCCAUUUUGUUACAUUUGAUGGAUAUCCACAUACUUUUAUGGGGAACUGCACUUACACACUCACCAAGCUCUGUGAAGUCAACAGCAGUUUGACAGAUUUCAAUGUUGAAGUUGCACAUGAGUACAGAGGGGGAAACACUCAAGUUUCCUAUGUUAGCCAAGUCAAUGUGGAUGUUCAUGGCUACAGGAUUAUCCUAGAGAAGAAAAAGGUUGUAAAGGUGAAUGGAGAGGAACAACGGCUCCCACUGAACUUGCCUCCUGGUAUAUUGGUCGGAUUUAGCGGCCAGUAUGUUGCUGUCACAACAGACUUUGGCCUGAUGGUGAAGUAUGAUGGAGAUCACAGGGUUGAAGUAACUCUUUCCACUGCAUAUCAAAGCAAAGUGUGUGGUAUAUGUGCAAAUUUCAAUGAACAGAGAUCAGAUGACAACCUUAAUCCUAAUGGUAUUAAAGAGCCAAAUUCUGAGAGCUAUGGCAACAGCUGGCAGGUCCAGAAUAACGCAAGCUGUUCCCUAGCCUCAAAAUUUGACCCACAAUGUACUGAUGAAGAACAAAGGGAAAUAGAGAGCCACCAGUCCUGUGGUGCUAUGCUACCCUUUGAUGGUGUAUUCCAACACUGCCAUCUUAUUGUAGAUCCAAGGCCUUAUUUUGUUAACUGUUAUUAUGAUAUGUGUGCAUUGCAUCUGGAUCCAAAUACUCUUUGCCGCCAUCUUCAGGCUUAUGCAGAUGCAUGUCAAGCUGCAGGUGCCAUAGUGCUACCUUGGAGAAAUUCUACAUUUUGCCCCCUGUCCUGUCCUGCAAACAGCCAUUAUGAGCAAUGUGGCACAUCAUGUCCAGCCACAUGCCUUAAUCCAGGAGCACCAUCAAGCUGCAAUCUCCCAUGUUCAGAGGGAUGUGUCUGUGACCCAGGAUAUGUUCUAUACAACAAUAAGUGUGUUCCAAGUAACCAGUGUGGGUGUUGGGUAGAUGGUAAACAUUAUCCAGUUGGCUCUGAAUUCUGGACCGAUAACAUGUGUACUACAAAAUGUGAAUGUCCGGCACCAGCAAGUGAUGUUGUCUGUCGAUCUGACAGCUGUCCACCAAAGAACUAUUGUGGCGUAGUAAAUGGAGUUCCUGAAUGUUCUGAGUUUACAUUUGGUGAAUGCAUAAUCUAUGGUGAUCCCCACUAUUACACUUUUGAUAAAAUGACACACCAUUUCAUGGGGAUAUGCACCUACACUCUGGCUAAGCUUUGUUCAAAUUCCACUUCACUAACCCAUUUUAACAUCGAAGCAAAGAAUGAGCAUCGUGGCAAUCCAACAGUCAGUUUUGUGCAGAAAGUAAUGGUAGAAGUCUACGAUUAUCAUAUAACAAUUGUUAAACACGAGCCAGAUCGGGUUUUGCUAAAUGGAAUCUGGAGUACUCUACCCAUCAGCUUGAGUAAUGGAACACUGACAGUGACAAGAAGUGGGAGAUAUAUCCUUGUAGAGACAGACUUCCAACUCACUGUGUCUUAUGAUACAGAUAAUACUGUAGAGGUGAAGGUCCCAACGAUUUAUUUUAAUCAGACAUGUGGCAUGUGUGGAAAUCUGAAUAAUGACUACAAUGAUGAGUAUCUUAUGCCCAAUGGACAACAAGCCCAGGAUUCCAAUCAGUUUGGGAAUAGCUGGAAGGUAGAAGAUGAUGAUCCAACGUGCACACCUGUGCCUCCACCUCCACCAUGCCCACCAGAAACGGAAGAAUCGUAUAAAAGUGACGCUUUCUGUGGACUCCUAAAAAGCAAAGAGAGUCCAUUUCAAGUUUGUCAUUCAGUCAUCAAUGCAGGACCCUUCUUUGAAAGUUGUGUAUUUGACCUCUGUGUUCUUGGUGACGAUGUUCUUUGCACUGCUUUAGCUUCCUAUGCUGAUGCCUGCCAGAGAGUUGGAGUCAAAAUUCAGUGGCGGAAUUCAACCUUUUGUCCUCUUGACUGCCCCAUUAACAGUCAUUAUAAUGAAUGCUCCAGUGCUUGCCCUAGCACAUGUCUAUACCAGAAUGCACCCAACAACUGCAACAAACCAUGCAUUGAGGCCUGUGAUUGUAAUGAUGACUUUGUUCUUAGUGGGAGUUUGUGUGUUCCUGUCAGUGAAUGUGGAUGUUCUGAUGAUGGCACAUACUAUGAGAAAAAUGAAAUGUUUUGGAAAACAGGAUGUGUAGGCCAGUGCACAUGCAUCGGAAACAACCAGGUUAAUUGUAAGAAUGAUUCUUGUGGACCAGAUCUUGCAUGUAAAGUUCAGAAUGGAGUUCUUGGAUGUUACCCAGCAGACAGCAACAUCUGCCACAUUUAUGGUGAUCCACACUAUAUAACCUUUGACGGAAAACUGUUUGAUUUCCAAGGAUCUUGCAAUUACACAGUGGUAGAAACAUGCAAAAAUUCAUCUCAAUACUUCUCAGUCACAGCAAGAAAUGAACACAGAGGAAUCAUGAGUUGGACAGCUUUAAAUUCUGUUGCUGUUAGAAUCGGCAGUCAUCAUUUCAUUCUAGGAAAGAAUGGAAUUGUCGAGGUCAACGGAGUACAUGUUUCUUUACCUUAUACCUCAAUACCAGGCAUCUCAAUAGCCCUAAAUGGUUAUGUAAUUGUGCAAACUGACUUUGGACUUGAAGUGAAAUUUAAUGGUGACCAUGAACUAGUUGUAAAAGUGAAUGAAAAUUUCAAAGGACAGCUCUGUGGUCUUUGUGGCACUUAUAAUGGCAAUAUCUUGGAUGAUUUCCUAAAGCCUGAUGGUUUAUUGGCUCAGACACCAAAUGAAUUUGGAAACAGCUGGCAGGUCCCUGAUGAUAACUGGAGCUGUGAUCCCAACACGGUUGAUCCUGCGCCAUGUGAUCCUGUUGAUGAGAAACGUUAUGAGGAGCAGUGCAAGUUGAUAAUAUCAAGAGGUAGUUUGGAACAGUUUUGCAAUGCUCUGGAGGCUUAUGUUGGUGCUUGUGAAAGUGCAGGGGUGCAACUCAGAGACUGGAGAGAGGACACAAUUUGCGCAACACCAACGCCAACUCCUCUUCCACCCUGUUCCUGGGAUUGUAAUUUUGAUGCUGAUUUCUGUUCUUGGACUCAGUCUCCUCUUCAUGAUUUUGACUGGAUUCGUCACAAAGGAUCAACACCUACCACUGGCAGCGGACCUUCAUAUGAUCAUACAACCGGAAAUGGUUUCUACAUAUACAUUGAUGGCCGUUCCCCCAGUGCUGGACAAAAAGCACGCCUCCUCAGUCCUAUUUGCAAUUCUGAUGGUCACCAGUGCCUACGUUUUUGGUAUCACAUGUAUGGAGUAGCUCGAACAAUGGAAUUAAAUGUAUAUGUUGUAAGGAACGGGAUAGAGGAAUUGGUGUGGCAAUUAACUGGCCAUCAAGAGAAUAGAUGGUUACCUGCAAACAUUCCAGUUGCUGGUGCAAGAAAUGUUCAGAUUAUCCUGGAAGGGGUAAGAGGAAAUGAUUACCGCAGUGAUGUUGCUGUGGAUGAUAUUUUCAUUUCUCCUGGAUAUUGCUUAGAAUCUACUACCACUACUACUACGAGCACCUCUACUACUACCACCACUUCUACAACUACAAUGAAACCACCAUCUUCAGGUUUCUGUGUGGUGACAGGAGACCCCCAUUAUUACACCUUUGAUAACAGGGUCUUUGAUUUCAUGGGGAACUGUACCUAUACACUAUCUAAGCUUUGCAAAUUUGACCAAAACCUGCUAGACUUCAAUGUGGAAGCAAAUAAUGAGCAUCGGGCAGGAAACUCUCGUGUCUCUUAUGUGAAAUAUGUAAAUGUUGAUGUGCAUGGAUAUAGGAUCACCCUGGAGCAAAACCGAGAAGUUAAGGUGAAUGGACAGCCUGUAAUUCUUCCAGUUGAACUUCCGCCAGAAGUUAAAAUCUCCUACAGUGGACAUCAUGUAAUGGUUACAACAAGCUUUGGUCUGAGAGUGCUAUUUGAUGGAAAUCACAGAGCAGAAGUGAAGCUUUUGGACACCUACUCUGAUCAAGUGUGUGGUCUAUGUGGAAACUUCAAUGGAAAUCAAACUGAUGACUUUUUGAACCCAAGUGGACAAUUGGUGAAAGAUCCAGUUGACCUUGGUAACAGCUGGCAGUUGGAAAAUUACACAAGCUGUCCCCCUGCAAUAGAAGUAAUCCCAAACUGUUCUGAUGAUGAAAAGCUUGUUAUUGGUAGUAACAACUAUUGUGGAAUCAUCACUAAUCCAAACGGCCCAUUUAAAGAUUGUCACAAUGUGAUAGAUCCUGUAGCUUAUUUCUAUAGCUGCGCAUACGAUUUGUGUGAAUUAAAUCUGGAUCCAGCCUCCCUAUGUGACAGUCUUCAAUCCUAUGCAGAGGCCUGCCAGUCUCAGAGAGUCACCAUACAGCCAUGGAGGAAUGACACUUUCUGUCCAAUUGGUUGCCCUCCCAACAGUCAUUAUGAGAUCUGCAGCACAGCAUGUCCAGCCACUUGCGUCAAUCUAGGAGCACCAUCCAACUGCGAUCUCCCCUGUGUUGAGGGAUGUUUCUGUGACCCAGGAUAUGUCCUAUACAACAAGAAGGUCCAUAAUGAUCCUCACUACGACAGCUUUGACAGACGGGUGCACCAUUUUAUGGGUCUCUGCACCUAUACACUCUCAAAGCUUUGUUCCAAUUCAUCUAACCUGCCAUAUUUUAAUGUCGAGGCCAAGAAUGAGCAUAGAGGAAAUCCUUCAGUAACAUACGUGCAAAAGGUUAUUGUUGACGUCUAUGGCUACAGAAUACAGAUCGUAAAGAAGGAAACAUCUCGUGUUUUGGUUGAUGGAGAAUGGAACAUACUUCCAGUUUCUCUCAAGGGCGGUUCUGUAAGUAAAAGUGGAAGAUACAUCGUUCUAGAGACAGACUUCAAACUCCGGGUGUCGUACGACAAUGAUCAUUCAGUGGAAGUGAAAAUACCAGAUACAUAUUCCAACAAAACAUGUGGAAUGUGUGGUAACUUUAACGGCCAGCAACAAGAUGAAUUCCUGAUGCCAAAUGGACAGCAAGCUCAGAACUCCAACGAACUAGGGAAUAGUUGGUUGGUAUAUGAUGAUCCAUUCUGCUCUAGUGGUCCUACAGUAUCACCUCCUGAGACAUGUCCACCAGAGAAAGAACAGCUAUACCAAAGCGAAACCCACUGUGGGUUGUUAACAAGCAAAGACAGCCUUUUCAGUAUAUGUCAUUCUGCUGUUGAUCCUGCCAUCUUCUUUGAUAGUUGUGUAUUUGAUCUUUGUGCCCUGGAUGGAGACAAGAAUGUAUUAUGUAGUGCACUUGAAGCCUAUGCAGAUGCCUGUCAGAAAGAAGGAAUUACUAUUCCCAACUGGAGAAACAUUACUUCCUGUGAGAAAUGCAACAAACCGUGCGUGGAAGACUGUGAAUGUGAUCCAGGAUACGUCAUCAGCGGUGGCAUCUGUGUUGAUGCAUCCAACUGUGGCUGCUUGUAUGAUGACAAGUAUUAUAAUAAAGGGGAUUCAUUCCUAGAGAAGAACUGUGAGAGAAGGUGUGAAUGUCUAGGAAAUAACAACAUGAUUUGUAUUGAAACAUCAUGUGCCAACGAUGAAAUAUGCAAAGUUCAAAAUGGUUUAUUAGGUUGUUACCCAGCAAGCAUUGCAAUUUGCCACAUAUAUGGAGACCCUCACUACUCUACUUUUGACGGAACACUCCAUCACUUCCAAGGAUCCUGUAAUUAUACUGUGACUGAGACAUGUGCAAACACAUCAAACAACUUUAUUGUUACAACAAGAAAUGAACACCGUGGAAGCCCAAGCUGGACUGCUAUUAACUCUGUGGCUCUCACUGUGGAUGGUCUGCACAUCUUAUUAGCAAAGGGCAAUAUUGUUUAUGUCAACAAUGCACAGGUGAACCUUCCUAUUAUUGUGUCAGGAAUCAUUAUUAGUCACAAUGGCCCUUAUGUGACUGUUACUACAGAUUUUGGCCUACAACUUCAGUUUAAUGGUGACCAUGAGCUGCUUGUUAGAGUAAGUGAAACUUUAAAAAACAUGCUGUGUGGACUGUGUGGCACUUACAAUGGGAACCCACAAGAUGACUUGAUGACACCCAAUGGAACUAUUGUAUCUGAUGUUAAUGAUUUUGGAAACAGUUGGAGAGUCCCUGAUGAUGGCUGGAUAUGUGAUCCCAUUGCUCCUCCUCUGCCAGAAUGUCCUCCUCCAAUACAGCAAGAGGCUGAAGCAAAGUGUGAUGUCCUAAAGCAGAUUAACGGUCCAUUUGCACAAUGCCAUGCACUCAUUCCCCCUCACCAGUACUUUGACAGUUGUGUGUUUGACCAUUGUGCUACAUCUGGAAGCAAUGCAUAUUUCUGCAGUACAUUGGAAGCUUACGCAGCUGCAUGUGAAAGCGUUGGUGUUAAUUUGGGAGACUGGAGCAAGGGUACCGUUUGCGAAUCUACUACCACUACUACCACCACCACCACUACUACUACGACCACUACUACAUCUACAGUGAAACCACCAUCUUCAGGUUCCUGUGUGGUGACAGGAGACCCCCAUUAUUACACCUUUGAUAACAGGGUCUUUGAUUUCAUGGGGAACUGUACCUAUACACUAUCUAAGCUUUGCAAAUUUGACCAAAACCUGAUAGACUUCAAUGUGGAAGCAAAUAAUGAGCAUCGGGCAGGAAAUUCUCGUGUCUCUUAUGUGAAAUAUGUAAAUGUUGAUGUGCAUGGAUAUAGGAUCACCCUGGAGCAGAACCGAGAAGUUAAGGUGGAUGGACAGCCUGUUAUUCUUCCAGUUGAACUUCCCCCAGAAGUUAAAAUCUCCUAUAGUGGACAUCAUGUAAUGGUUACAACAAGCUUUGGUCUGAGAGUGCUAUUUGAUGGAAAUCACAGAGCAGAAGUGAAGCUUUUGGACACCUACUCUAAUCAAGUGUGUGGUCUAUGUGGAAACUUCAAUGGAAAUCAAACUGAUGACUUUUUGAACCCAAGUGGACAAUUGGAGAAAGAUCCAGUUGACCUUGGUAACAGCUGGCAAUUGGAAAAUUACACAAGUUGUCCCCCUGCAAUAGAAGUAAUCCCAAACUGUUCUGAUGAUGAAAAGCUUGUUAUUGGUAGUGACAACUAUUGUGGAAUCAUCACUAAUCCAAAUGGCCCAUUUAAAGAUUGUCACAAUGUGAUAGAUCCUGUAGCUUAUUUCUAUAGCUGCGCAUACGAUUUGUGUGAAUUAAAUCUGGAUCCAGCCUCCCUAUGUGACAGUCUUCAAUCCUAUGCAGAGGCCUGCCAGUCUCAGAGAGUCACCAUACAGCCAUGGAGAAAUGACACUUUCUGUCCAAUUGAUUGCCAUUCCAACAGUCAUUAUGAGAUCUGCAGCACAGCAUGUCCAGCCACUUGCGUCAAUCCAGGAGCACCAUCCAACUGUGAUCUCCCCUGUGUUGAGGGAUGUUUCUGUGACCCAGGAUAUCUCCUAUACAACAAGAAGGUCCAUAAUGAUCCUCACUACGACAGCUUUGACAGACGCGUGCACCAUUUUAUGGGUCUCUGCACCUAUACACUCUCAAAGCUUUGUUCCAAUUCAUCUAACCUGCCAUAUUUUAAUGUCGAGGCCAAGAAUGAACAUAGAGGAAAUCCUUCAGUAACAUAUGUGCAAAAGGUUAUUGUCGAAGUCUAUGGCUACAGAAUACAGAUCGUAAAGAAGGAAACAUCUCGUGUUUUGGUUGAUGGAGAAUGGAACAUACUUCCAGUAUCUCUCAAGGGCGGUUCUGUAAGUAAAAGUGGAAGAUACAUUGUUCUAGAGACAGACUUCAAACUCCGGGUGUCGUACGACAAUGAUCAUUCAGUAGAAGUGAAAAUACCAGAUACAUAUUCCAACAAAACAUGUGGAAUGUGUGGUAACUUUAACGGCCAGCAACAAGAUGAAUUCCUGAUGCCAAAUGGACAGCAAGCGCAGAACUCCAAUCAACUAGGGAAUAGUUGGUUGGUAUAUGAUGAAGAAGAUUCAUUCUGCUCUAGUGGUCCUACAGUAUCACCUCCUGAGACAUGUCCACCAGAGAAAGAACAGCUAUACCAAAGUGAAACCCACUGUGGGUUGUUAACAAGCAAAGACAGCCUUUUCAGUACAUGUCAUUCUGAGGUUGAUCCUGCCAUCUUCUUUGAUAGUUGUGUAUUUGAUCUUUGUGCCCUGGAUGGAGACAAUAAUGUAUUAUGUAGUGCACUUGAAGCCUACGCAGAUGCCUGUCAGAAAGAAGGAAUUACUAUUCCCAACUGGAGAAACAUUACUUCCUGUGGUAUGUUUGAAUGUCUCCCCACUUGCCCAGCCAAUAGCCACUAUAAUGGCUGUAUGACUGCAUGUCCUGCUACAUGUGUUGACCCUUAUGCUCCAGAGAAAUGCAACAAACCAUGCGUGGAAGACUGUGAAUGUGAUCCAGGAUACGUCAUCAGCGGUGGCAUCUGUGUUGAUGCAUCCAACUGUGGCUGCUUGUAUGAUGACAAGUAUUAUAAUAAAGGGGAUUCAUUCCUAGAGAAGAACUGUGAGAGAAGGUGUGAAUGUCUAGGAAAUAACAACGUGGUUUGUAUUGAAACAUCAUGUGCCAAAGAUGAAAUAUGCAAAGUUCAAAAUGGUUUAUUAGGUUGUUACCCAGCAAGCAUUGCAAUUUGCCACAUAUAUGGAGACCCUCACUACUCUACCUUUGACGGAACACUCCAUCACUUCCAAGGAUCCUGUAAUUAUACUGUGACUGAGACAUGUGCAAACACAUCAAACAACUUUAUUGUUACAACAAGAAAUGAACACCGUGGAAGCCCAAGCUGGACCGCCAUUAACUCUGUGGCUCUCACUGUGGAUGGUCUGCACAUCUUAUUAGCAAAGGGCAAUAUUGUUUAUGUCAACAAUGCACAAGUGAACCUUCCUAUUAAUGUGUCAGGAAUCAUUAUUAGUCACAAUGGCCCUUAUGUGACUGUUACUACAGAUUUUGGCCUACAACUUCAGUUUAAUGGUGACCAUGAGCUGCUUGUUAGCAUAAGUGAAACUUUAAAAAACAUGCUGUGUGGACUGUGUGGCACUUACAAUGGGAACCCACAAGAUGACUUGAUGACACCCAAUGGAACUAUUGUAUCUGAUGUUAAUGAUUUUGGAAACAGCUGGAGAGUCCCUGAUGAUGGCUGGAUAUGUGAUCCUAAUCCUCCUCCACCUCCAAUAUGUCCUCCUCCAAUACAGCAAGAGGCUGAAGCAAAGUGUAAUAUCCUACAGCAGAUUAACGGUCCAUUUGCACAAUGCCAUGUACUCAUUCCCCCUCACCAGUACUUUGACAGUUGUGUGUUUGACCAUUGUGCUACAUCUGGAAGCGAUGAAUAUUUCUGCAGUACAUUGGAAGCUUACGCAGCUGCAUGUAAAAGCUCUGCUCUUGAUGAUUUUGACUGGAUUCGUUACAAAGGAUCAACACCUACCACUGGCAGCGGACCUUCAUAUGAUCAUACAACCGGAAAUGGUUUCUACAUAUACAUUGAUGGCCGUUCCCCCAGUGCUGGACAAAAAGCACGCCUCCUCAGUCCUAUUUGCAAUUCUGGAGGUCACCAGUGCCUAAGUUUUUGGUAUCACAUGUAUGGAGUAGCUCGAACAAUGGAAUUAAAUGUAUAUGUUGUAAGGAACGGGAUAGAGGAAUUGGUGUGGCAAUUAACUGGCCAUCAAGAGAAUAGAUGGUUACCUGCAAAUAUUCCAGUUGCUGGUGCAAGAAAUGUUCAGAUUAUCCUGGAAGGGGUAAGAGGAAAUGAUUACCGCAGUGAUGUUGCUGUGGAUGAUAUUUUCAUUUCUCCUGGAUAUUGCUUAGAAUCUACUACCACUACUACUACCACCACCACCACUACUACAACUACAGUGAAACCACCAUCUUCAGGUUCCUGUGUGGUGACAGGAGACCCCCAUUAUUACACCUUUGAUAACAGGGUCUUUGAUUUCAUGGGGAACUGUACCUAUACACUAUCUAAGCUUUGCAAAUUUGACAAAAACCUGAUAGACUUUAAUGUGGAAGCAAAAAAUGAGCAUCGGGCAGGAAACUCUCGUGUCUCAUAUGUGAAAUAUGUAAAUGUUGAUGUGCAUGGAUAUGGGAUCACCCUGGAGCAGAACCAAGAAGUUAAGGUGGAUGGACAGCCUGUUAUUCUUCCAGUUGAACUUCCCCCAGAAGUUAAAAUCUCCUACAGUGGACAUCAUGUAAUGGUUACAACAAGCUUUGGUCUGAGAGUGCUAUUUGAUGGAAAUCACAGAGCAGAAGUGAAGCUUUUGGACACCUACUCUAAUCAAGUGUGUGGUCUAUGUGGAAACUUCAAUGGAAAUCAAACUGAUGACUUUUUGAGCCCAAGUGGACAAUUGGAGAAAGAUCCAGUUGACUUUGGUAACAGCUGGCAGUUGGAAAAUUACACAAGUUGUCCCCCUGCAAUAGAAGUAAUCCCAAACUGUUCCGAUGAUGAAAAGCUUGUUAUUGGUAGUAACAACUAUUGUGGUAUCAUCACUAAUCCAAACGGCCCAUUUAAAGAUUGUCACAAUGUGAUAGAUCCUGUAGCUUAUUUCUAUAGCUGCGCAUACGAUUUGUGUGAAUUAAAUCUGGAUCCAGCCUCCCUAUGUGACAGUCUUCAAUCCUAUGCAGAGGCCUGCCAGUCUCAGAGAGUCACCAUACAGCCAUGGAGGAAUGACACUUUCUGUCCAAUUAAUUGCCAUUCCAACAGUCAUUAUGAGAUCUGCAGCACAGCAUGUCCAGCCACUUGCGUCAGUCCAGGAGCACCAUCCAACUGUGAUCUCCCCUGUGUUGAGGGAUGUUUUUGUGACCCAGGAUAUGUCCUAUACAACAAGAAGUGUGUUCCAAGCCUCCAAUGUGGUUGUUGGGAUGGAAAUAAUUACUAUCCAGUAGGCUCGGAAUUCUGGACUGAUGGUACUUGCUCCAAAAAAUGCAGGUGCCCCUCACCAGGAAGUGCUUUAGUUUGUAAUGCUGCAACUUGUGACAGUAACCAAUAUUGUGCUACAAUAAAUAAUGUUUCUGACUGUAUUUAUCAUCAAUAUGGCAUCUGCAGGGUCCAUAAUGAUCCUCACUACGACAGCUUUGACAGAUGGGUGCACCAUUUUAUGGGUCUCUGCACCUAUACACUCUCAAAGCUUUGUUCCAAUUCAUCUAACCUGCCAUAUUUUAAUGUCGAGGCCAAGAACGAGCAUAGAGGAAAUCCUUCAGUAACAUACGUGCAAAAGGUUAUUGUUGAAGUCUAUGGCUACAGAAUACAGAUCGUAAAGAAAGAAACAUCUCGUGUUUUGGUUGAUGGAGAAUGGAACAUACUUCCAGUAUCUCUCAAGGGCGGUUCUGUAAGUAAAAGUGGAAGAUACAUUGUUCUAGAGACAGACUUCAAACUCCGGGUGUCGUACGACAAUGAUCAUUCAGUGGAAGUGAAAAUACCAGAUACAUAUUCCAACAAAACAUGUGGAAUGUGUGGUAACUUUAACGGCCAGCAACAAGAUGAAUUCCUGAUGCCAAAUGGACAGCAAGCUCAGAACUCCAAUCAACUAGGGAAUAGUUGGUUGGUAUAUGAUGAAGAAGAUCCAUUCUGCUCUAGUGGUCCUACAGUAUCACCUCCUGAGACAUGUCUACCAGAGAAAGAACAGCUAUACCAAAGCGAAACCCACUGUGGGUUGUUAACAAGCAAAGACAGUCUUUUCAGUAUAUGUCAUUCUGCUGUUGAUCCUGCCAUCUUCUUUGAUAGUUGUGUAUUUGAUCUUUGUGCCCUGGAUGGAGACAAUAAUGUAUUAUGUAGUGCACUUGAAGCCUAUGCAGAUGCCUGUCAGAAAGAAGGAAUUACUAUUCCCAACUGGAGAAACAUUACUUCCUGUGGUCUCCCCACUUGCCCAGCCAAUAGUCACUAUAAUGGCUGUAUGACUGCAUGUCCUGCUACAUGUGUUGACCCUUAUGCUCCAGAGAAAUGCAACAAACCGUGCGUGGAAGACUGUGAAUGUGAUCCAGGAUACGUCAUCAGCGGUGGCAUCUGUGUUGAUGCAUCCAACUGUGGCUGCUUGUAUGAUGACAAGUAUUAUAAUAAAGGGGAUUCAUUCCUAGAGAAGAACUGUGAGAGAAGGUGUGAAUGUCUAGGAAAUAACAACAUGGUUUGCACUGAGACAUCAUGUGCCAAAGAUGAAAUAUGCAAAGUUCAAAAUGGUUUAUUAGGUUGUUACCCAGCAAGCAUUGCAAUUUGCCACAUAUAUGGAGACCCUCACUACUCUACCUUUGAUGGAACACUCCAUCACUUCCAAGGAUCCUGUAAUUAUACUGUGACUGAGACAUGUGCAAACACAUCAAAUAACUUUAUUGUUACAACAAGAAAUGAACACCGUGGAAGCCCAAGCUGGACUGCCAUUAACUCUGUGGCUCUCACUGUGGAUGGUCUGCACAUCUUAUUAGCAAAGGACAAUAUUGUUUAUGUCAACAAUGCACAAGCGAACCUUCCUAUUAAUGUGUCAGGAAUCAUUAUUAGUCACAAUGGCCCUUAUGUGACUGUUACUACAGAUUUUGGCCUACAACUUCAGUUUAAUGGUGACCAUGAGCUGCUUGUUAGAGUAAGUGAAAGUUUAAAAGACAUGCUGUGUGGACUGUGUGGCACUUACAAUGGAAACCCACAAGAUGACUUGAUGACACCCAAUGGAACUAUUGUAUCUGAUGUUAAUGAUUUUGGAAACAGCUGGAGAAUCCCUGAUGAUGGCUGGAUAUGUGAUCCCAUUCCUCCUCCUCUGCCAGAAUGUCCUCCUCUAAUACAGCAAGAGGCUGAAGCAAAGUGUUAUGUCCUACAGCAUAUUAAUGGUCCAUUUGCACAAUGCCAUGCACUCAUUCCCCCUCACCAGUACUUUGACAGUUGUGUGUUUGACCAUUGUGCUACAUCCGGAAGCGAUGAAUAUUUCUGCAGUACAUUGGAAGCUUACGCAGCUGCAUGUGAAAGCAUUGGUGUUAAUUUGGGAGACUGGAGCAAGGGUACCGUUUGCGAAUCUACUGCCGCUGCUACUACCACCACCACCACCACUACUACUACCACCACUACUACAACUACAGUGAAACCACCAUCUUCAGGUUUUUGUGUGGUGACAGGAGACCCCCAUUAUUACACCUUUGAUAACAGGGUCUUUGAUUUCAUGGGGAACUGUACCUAUACACUAUCUAAGCUUUGCAAAUUUGACAAAAACCUGAUAGACUUCAAUGUGGAAGCAAAAAAUGAGCAUCGGGCAGGAAAUUCUCGUGUCUCUUAUGUGAAAUAUGUAAAUGUUGAUGUGCAUGGAUAUAGGAUCACCCUGGAGCAAAACCGAGAAGUUAAGGUAGAUGGACAGCAUGUUAUUCUUCCAGUUGAACUUCCCCCAGAAGUUAAAAUCUCCUACAGUGGACAUCAUGUAAUUGUUACAACAAGCUUUGGUCUGAGAGUGCUAUUUGAUGGAAAUCACAGAGCUGAAGUGAAACUUUUUGACACCUAUUCUAAUCAAGUGUGUGGUCUAUGUGGAAACUUCAAUGGAAAUCAAACUGAUGACUUAUUGAACCCAAGUGGACAAUUGGAGAAAGAUCCAGUUGACCUUGGUAACAGCUGGCAGUUGGAAAAUUACACAAGUUGUCCCCCUGCAAUAGAAGUAAUCCCAAACUGUUCUGAUGAUGAAAAGCUUGUUAUUGGUAAUGACAACUAUUGUGGAAUCAUCACUAAUCCAAACGGGCCAUUUAAAGAUUGUCACAAUGUGUUAGAUCCUGUACCUUACUUCAAUAGCUGCGCAUACGAUUUAUGUGAAUUAAAUCUGGAUCCAUCCUCCCUAUGUGACAGUCUUCAAUCCUAUGCAGAGGCCUGCCAGUCUCAGAGAGUCACCAUACAGCCAUGGAGGAAUGACACUUUCUGUCCAAUUGCUUGCCCUCCCAGCAGUCAUUAUGAAAUCUGCAGCACAGCAUGUUCAGCCACUUGCGUCAAUCCAGGAGCACCAUCCAACUGUGAUCUCCCCUGUGUUGAGGGAUGUUUCUGUGACCCAGGAUAUGUCCUAUACAACAAGAAGUGUGUUCCAAGCCUCCAAUGUGGUUGUUGGGAUGGAAAUAAUUACUAUCCAGUAGGCUCGGAAUUCUGGACUGAUGGUACUUGCUCCAAAAAAUGCAGAUGCCCCUCACCAGGAAGUGCUUUAGUUUGUAAUGCUGCAACAUGUGGCAGUAACCAAUAUUGUGCUACAAUAAAUAAUGUUUCUGACUGUAUUUAUCAUCAAUAUGGCAUCUGCAGGGUCCAUAAUGAUCCUCACUACGACAGCUUUGACAGACGCGUGCACCAUUUUAUGGGUCUCUGCACCUAUACACUCUCAAAGCUUUGUUCCAAUUCAUCUAACCUGCCAUAUUUUAAUGUCGAGGCCAAGAAUGAGUAUAGAGGAAAUCCUUCAGUAACAUACGUGCAAAAGGUUAUUGUUGAAGUCUAUGGCUACAAAGUACAGAUCGUAAAGAAAGAAAUUUCUCGUGUUUUGGUUGAUGGAAAAUGGAACAUACUUCCAGUAUAUCUCAAGGGUGGUUCUGUAAGUAAAAGUGGAAGAUACAUCGUUCUAGAGACAGAUUUCAAACUCCAGGUGUCGUACGACAAUGAUCAUUCAGUGGAAGUGAAAAUACCAGAUACAUAUUCCAACAAAACAUGUGGAAUGUGUGGUAACUUUAAUGGCCAGCAACAAGAUGAAUUCCUGAUGCCAAAUGGACAGCAAGCUCAGAACUCCAAUGAACUAGGGAAUAGUUGGUUGGUAUAUGAUGAAGAAGAUCCAUUCUGCUCUAGUGGUCCUACAGUAUCACCUCCUGAGAUAUGUCCACCAGAGAAAGAGCAGCUAUACCAAAGCGAAACCCACUGUGGGUUGUUAACAAGCAAAGACAGCCUUUUCAGUAUAUGUCAUUCUGAGGUUGAUCCUGCCAUCUUCUUUGAUAGUUGUGUAUUUGAUCUUUGUGCUUUGGAUGGAGACAAGAAUGUAUUAUGUAGUGCACUUGAAGCCUACGCAGAUGCCUGUCAGAAAGAAGGAAUUACUAUUCCCAACUGGAGAAACAUUACUUCCUGUGGUCUCGCCACUUGCCUAGCCAAUAGCCACUAUAAUGGCUGUAUGACUGCAUGUCCUGCUACAUGUGUUGACCCUUAUGCUCCAGAGAAAUGUAACAAACCGUGUGUGGAAGGCUGUGAAUGUGAUCCAGGAUACGUCAUCAGCGGUGGCAUCUGUGUUGAUGCAUCCAACUGUGGCUGCUUGUAUGAUGACAAGUAUUAUAAUAAAGGGGAUUCAUUCCUAGAGAAGAACUGUGAGAGAACAUGUGAAUGUCUAGGAAAUAACAACAUGGUUUGUAUUGAAACAUCAUGUGCCAACGAUGAAAUAUGCAAAGUUCAAAAUGGUUUAUUAGGUUGUUACCCAGCAAGCAUUGCAAUUUGCCACAUAUAUGGAGACCCUCACUACUCUACUUUUGACGGAACACUCCAUCACUUCCAAGGAUCCUGUAAUUAUACUGUGACUGAGACAUGUGCAAAAACAUCAAACAACUUUAUUGUUACAACAAGAAAUGAACACCGUGGAAGCCCAAGCUGGACCGCCAUUAACUCUGUGGCUCUCACUGUGGAUGGUCUGCACAUCUUAUUAGCAAAGGGCAAUAUUGUUUAUGUCAACAAUGCACAAGUGAACCUUCCUGUUAAUGUGUCAGGAAUCAUUAUUAGUCACAAUGGUCCUUAUGUGACUGUUACUACAGAUUUUGGCCUACAACUUCAGUUUAAUGGUGACCAUGAGCUGCUUGUUAGAGUAAGUGAAACUUUGAAAGACAUGCUGUGUGGACUGUGCGGCACUUACAAUGGGAACCCACAAGAUGACUUGAUGACACCCAAUGGAACUAUUGUGUCUGAUUUUAAUGAUUUUGGAAACAGCUGGAGAAUCCCUGAUGAUGGCUGGAUAUGUGAUCCCAAUCCUCCUCCACCUCCAAUAUGUCCUCCUCCAAUACAGCAAGAGGCUGAAGCAAAGUGUGAUGUCCUACAGCAGAUUAACGGCCCAUUUGCACAAUGCCAUGCACUCAUUCCCCCUCACCAGUACUUUGACAGUUGUGUGUUUGACCAUUGUGCUACAUCUGGAAGCGAUGAAUAUUUCUGCAGUACAUUGGAGGCUUACGCAGCUGCAUGUGAAAGCGUUGGUGUUAAUUUGGGAGACUGGAACAAGGAUACCGUUUGCGAGCCACCCACACCUACUGCAAAACCCAUAAUUACAACAACUACAACAGCUCCCCCUGAUCCUUGUAACUACACAUGCUCAUUUGGAAUGGACUUUUGUGGCUGGCAACAGUCAAAAUCAGAUACUUUAGACUGGAUACGUUGGUAUGGGCCAACUCCAUCUGACUCAACAGGGCCAUCAUUGGAUCACAGUGGUGAUGGAUACUACCUUUAUGUUGAUGGACGUGAUACAGCGUGGGAUGACAAGGCAUGGCUAGAGAGUGCUGAUUGUGAUGUACAAGGAACAAACUGCCUCAGUUUCUGGUACCACAUGUAUGGAGCUUCGGAGGAGACAGAGUUGAAUGUUUAUGUUUUGACAAAAGAAGGUUUAGAAAAUGUUGCCUCUUUGUAUGGAGAUGGAGGGGAUGUAUGGCAUUUGGAGCAAAUUGAACUGCGUAACAAUGAAAGAAUAAAGAUCAUUAUUGAAGGUUUGCUACGUGAAGAAGACAGGCCUAUCGAUAUAGCCAUUGAUGACAUUUCCUUUGUCAAGGGCUACUGCACUGCACCACCAACAACAACAACAGGACCACCACAUCCACCAGAUUCAUCAACAGCUCCACCAAGUACAACACCAUUCACAACAACAACAGGUUACUGUGAGGUAUCAGGGGACCCCCAUUAUUACACAUUUGAUAAACAGGUCCACCAUUUCAUGGGGAUCUGUACCUACACACUAUCUAAGCUCUGUGCAAAUGAUUCACACUUGACGGACUUCAACGUGGAAGCAGCAAAUGAUCACAGGAAUGGCUUGACUCAAGUAUCUUAUGUGCAGUUUGUGAAUGUGGAUGUAUAUGGAUACAGAAUCACUCUGGAGAAGGCCCGCAAGGUUAAGGUGAAUGGACAACCAGUAACACUUCCUGUUAGCCUGCAACCAGAUGUUGAAAUCUUCCUCAGUGGAACUAGUGUGUUUGUAACAACAGGCUUUGGCAUCCAAGUUUCAUAUGAUGGAAGCCAUAAAGCAACAGUGACUCUUCCAGGCGAAUACUGGGAUAAAGUGUGUGGGCUUUGUGGGAACUUCAAUGGAGAUAAAGCUGAUGACUUCUUAAAUCCAGACGGUAACCUGGAAACAGAUUCUAACAGCCUUGGUAACAGCUGGCAGGUUGAAAAUGAUACUGUCUGCCCUCCAGCAUCGGACCAUAAACCAAAUUGCACUGAGGAUGAAAAAAACAUAAUAUCCAGCAACAGCUACUGUGGUAUCAUUAUUAAUGAAAAUGGUCCAUUUAAGGAGUGUCAUCAUGUGAAAGACCCAGAAGUUUACUUUAAUAACUGUGUGUAUGACCUGUGUGAAGUGAAACUGGACCCUAGAACCCUAUGUGACAGCCUUCAUUCUUAUGCAGAUGCCUGCCAGUCUCAUGGAGUCACAGUACAGCCAUGGAGAAAUGAAACUUUCUGUCCUCUUAAAUGUCCACCAAACAGCCAUUAUGAGCUCUGUGGCACAGGCUGCCUUACAACAUGUGUCAACAAAGAAGCACCAUCCAACUGCAGUCGUCCAUGUGCCGAAGGAUGUUUCUGUGAUCCUGGAUAUGUUCUUUAUGAUACCAAAUGUGUUCCAAAAGACCAGUGUGGAUGUUGGCAAGAGGAUAAAUAUUAUGAAGUGGGUGAUGAAUUCUGGUCUGAUGACACUUGCUCUUCAAAAUGCAGAUGCCCAUCAGAAGGUAGCGGCUUAGUCUGUACUGAAGAUACAUGCCCAGAAAAUCAGUAUUGCGGAAUAACAAAUAGAGUUCCUGGAUGUUAUUAUUACACCUUUGGAAUCUGUAGGGUCCAUAAUGACCCCCACUAUGACACCUUUGAUAAACAGAAUCAUAACUUCAUGGGGCUCUGUACCUAUACUCUUUCCAAAUUAUGUGAUAGUUCCUCUUCUCUACCAUAUUUCAACGUUGAGGCCAAAAACCAACACCGAGGAGAUACAUCAGUGUCUUUUGUGGAGUGGGUCAUAAUAGAAGUGUAUGAUCAACACAUACAAAUUAUGAGAAACGAAAAUAAUCGGGUGCUGGUUAACAAGAUCUGGAAAACUCUUCCAGUGAGUUUAGUUGGAGGAUCAGUGACAGUGACCUGGACUGGAAAGCAUGUGAACCUAGAGACUGAUUUCAGAUUUACAGUUUCUUAUGAUACUGAUACUUCAAUUGAUGUAAAGGUCCCCAGUACUUACUCCACACUUACUUGUGGAAUUUGUGGAAACUUCAACAACCGCAAAAAAGAUGAUUUUAUGAUGCCAAAUGGACAGCAAGCACUGAAUUCUGAAGAGCUUGGGCAUAGCUGGAUUGCAUAUGAUGGGGAUCCUCUAUGUCACCCUGAUGAUCCUGCACCUCCACCUCCAAAUGACUGCACUACAGAGAAGUAUGAGCUUUAUAAAAGCAAUGAAUUCUGUGGACAGCUGACAAGUAAAGAUGGUCCUUUCUAUACCUGUAAUUCUGUAGUCAGCCCAGGAGGUUUCUUUGAGAGCUGUAUCUUUGAUCUUUGUGCUCUGGAUGGAGAUAAGGAUAUUCUAUGCAGUUUAUUGGGAUCUUAUGCUGAUGCUUGCCAGAAGGAAGGUUUAAUUCUAAACUGGAGAAACAGCACUGGUUGUGUGCCCAUCUGUCCAGCUCAUAGUCACUAUAAUCUAUGCAUGAGUGCAUGCCCAACUACAUGUCUCAAUCCAGCUAACAAGGAUAACUGCAUUCUGCCAUGUACAGAAGGAUGUGAAUGUGAUGAUGGAUACAUCAUAAGUGGAGGGACAUGUGUUAAUGAAACCAGCUGCGGUUGCUGGUAUAAUAGUACAUACUACAGUGAAGGAGAAACAUUUGUGCAAGGAAAUUGUGAGAACAGUUGUACAUGUAAAGGCAAUAACAAUAUGGAAUGUCAAUCAAUAGCAUGUGCCAAAGAUGAAAUCUGUAAAGUCCAGAAUGGAACAUUGGGCUGCUAUGCGCCAAGUACUGCAAUUUGCCACAUAUAUGGAGACCCUCACUACUCUACCUUUGAUGGAACACUCCAUCACUUCCAAGGAUCCUGCAAUUAUACUGUGACUGAGACAUGUGCAAACACAUCAAACAACUUUAUUGUUACAACAAGAAAUGAACACAGAGGAAACCCAAGCUGGACUGCCAUUAAUUCUGUGGCCCUCACUGUGGAUGGUCUGCACAUCCUUUUGGAAAAGAAUAACAUCAUUUUUAUUAAUGGUACUUCAGUUACACCUCCAGUUACUGUGUCUGGAAUAAGCAUUGUACAGAAUGGCCAGUAUGUAAUAGUGACAGCAGAUUUUGGUCUUGAGCUUCAGUUUAACGGAGACCAUGAGCUCUUUGUCAAGGUCAAGGAAAAUUUCAAAGGUACAUUGUGUGGCCUUUGUGGAACAUACAAUGAAAACCGCAAUGAUGAGUUCAUGACACCCAACGGCACUGUUGUAUCUGACGUCAAUGAAUUUGGAAGCACCUGGAGGGUUCCUGAUGAUAAAUGGAUAUGUGACUCUACUCCUCCUUCUCCACCAACAUGCUCUCCUCCACUACUGCAAGAGGCUCAGAACAGAUGCUGGAUUCUAAAACAGAUUGAUGGUCCGUUUAGAGCAUGCCAUAGCUCCAUCCAACCUCAUGGAUACUUUGAAAGUUGUGUCUUUGACCAGUGUGUCACAGGAGGAAGUAAUGAGCAACUCUGCAAUGUCUUAGCAUCUUAUGUAGCAGUCUGUGAAUCUAACGGAGUUUCUUUAGGAGACUGGAAGAAUAACACCAUUUGUGAUUCCACCUUAACCACAACGACUGCUACUGCAACUCGUACCACCACUACAACUCCUACUAGCACGACAAGAGACAUUUUAUAUUCCACUCAUACCACCACUACAACUCCUACUACCACGACAGGAGACAUUUUAUCCUACGCUUCCUGCAGUGCCUCUGGAGAUCCUCAUUACAACACAUUUGAUGGUGCAGUUCAUCAUUACAUGGGAAAUUGCAGCUACACUCUGUCUAAGCCCUGCAAUGCAUUAUCCUCUGGCCUUCCAGAUUUCCAUGUCUACACCACCAAUGAGCACAGAGAUUCCAACACCAAAGUGUCAUAUGUUCAAUCAGUGCACAUUGAAAUUUCCAAGGAUGAAUUCACAAUACUGAAAAACAAAAAGUUUAAUAUUAAUGGAAAGAGAUCAAAUCUACCCUUGGCAAUAAAGAACAGAUAUAUUGCUUACAUAAGUGGAAAUUAUUUGGUUUUUGAAACUGAUUUUGGACUACGGGUUAGGUUUGAUGGAAAUCAUUAUGUAGAUGUUUCUCUGCCUUCAAUCUACAAGGGCCAUCUCUGUGGGUUGUGUGGCAACUAUAAUGGAAUAUCUAGGGAUGAUUAUAUUAAAAAAGAUGGAAGCGUGGCCAUUAAUUCCAAUGAUCUUGGAGACAGCUGGAUAGUAUUAUCUAAUGAGACACAAUGCAGCAGCCAAGGCCUAGAUGUAUGUGAUCCACUUUUGAGAGAGGAAUACUCAAAAAAUACAUUCUGUGGUAUUAUAAAAGACAAUACAGGUAUCUUCAAGGAUUGCCAUGCCUUAGUAAAUCCAGACAACUUCUUUGAGAAUUGUGUUCUGGACAUGUGCUUCACAGAAAGCAAAUCAACCUCCUUAUGUUACGCGGUGCAGGCCUAUGCUCAGCAGUGUGCAAAUGCUGGAGUCUGUAUAGAGUGGAGAUCGCCAACAUUCUGUCCCCUAUCUUGCCCUGGUGGAAGCCAUUAUCAAACCUGUAGAACUGGAUGCCCUGCCACUUGCCACAACUUAUUGUUAGAAACUCAGUGCAAAGCUUCCCCAGUGGAGGGUUGCUUCUGCGAUGAAGGCUAUGUCCUUAGCGGAGAUAGAUGUGUGAAGGAAAGUGAAUGUGGUUGCACAGAUUCUGAAAACAACUCAUAUGAACUUGGAGAAAGCUGGUUCACUUAUGAUAACUGUUCUGAACGCUGCACAUGUAAACAAAAUAAUUCAAUUGACUGUAUACCAUGGAAAUGUGGUGUGUUAGAAAAAUGCCAGUCCAAGGAUGGAGUUCUAGGAUGCCAGUCAUCUGGAAGAGCUUCUUGCCAUGUGUCUGGAGAUCCACAUUUCUUCACCUUUGAUAAAGUAAUGCACAGCUUUAUGGGUACCUGUACCUACACUUUGCUUCAAGUCUGUGAUCCCCAAAAUGUAAUCCCUGUGACCAUCAGUGGGAAAACUGAAGAGCGUGGACAACGUGCUGCAUCAUACCUUAAGGAAGUUUACAUUGAUAUCUAUGACAUACGCAUUACUUUGCAAAAAGCCAAAACAAUUAUGGUUCAAAACCAGCAGAUCCAAACACCAUGGUCUGAGCAUGUGAGAGGCGUUUCCAUUGGGACAGUUGGGCUGUAUUCUGUUGUGGAAACUGACUUUGGACUGAUAGCAAAGUUUGAUGGAGACCAUUACCUUGAAAUCAUCCUCCCUGAAGCUUACUUUGAAAAGGUGUGCGGUAUGUGUGGUAAUUAUAACCACAGACAGGAUGACGAAUAUCUUCUUCCAAAUGGUCUUCAAGCAAGAAAUGUAACACACUUUGGUAACAGCUGGAAAUCAGAGAAAGACAGCGACAAAAAUUGUGUAGAUGAUACAAGACAAGACCUUGGGCCUCCAUGCAAGGCUGCACAAUUACCAGCAAUGGAAAAUCAGUGCAAUGUUCUUCUCUCAGACACCUUCAAACCUUGCCAUCAUGUGAUCGACCCACACCCAUUUGUUAAGAGCUGUGUUUAUGACAUGUGCAGAUACAAUGGCAUGCAGUCCACACUCUGUGCAAUAGUACAAGGCUAUGUUGGUGUUUGCAUGACACACGGAGUGAAGCUUAAAUGGAGAAGCAACAAACUGUGUCCUUUAUCCUGUCCUUCUCAAAGUCAUUACACAGACUGUGCAUCAUUAUGCCCUGCUACGUGCAAUGACAUAUAUGCAUCUGCUGUUUGUGACAAGCCAGAAGCCUGCACAGAAGGCUGUGUCUGUAAUGACGGAUAUGUGCUUAGUGGAGACAAAUGUGUCCCGCUCAAGAAAUGUGGAUGCAGAGAUUCCAAGGAUAAUUACUAUAAUGUUGAUGAGACCUGGCUAACAUCAAACUGUAAAGAAGUAUGUCAUUGUAAUGGAGCUGGCAAAAUAGUCUGCAAACCUCAUGGCUGUGCCCAUGGAAAAUGUGGUCUAAACAAUGGCAAAUAUAACUGCAAACCCACAGGUUAUGCAAAGUGUCAUAUUACUGGAGAUCCACACCACAGUACUUUUGAUCAUCUAACACACCAUUUCCAGGGCAAAGACAGUUAUGUGCUGACUCAGACAUCUUCUGCCUUGCCUGAUUUACUACAACCAUUUUCCAUUAAAGGCAAAAAUGAGCCAAUGAGCAAAUACAGUACAUUUACGCUGAUAAGAGAGAUGCAUAUUGAGGUUUAUAAUCACGCCAUAAUAUUUUCACAAAAGAAGAAAUUUACGUUGGAUGGUGUAAAGACAUUGCCUCCAAUUAAACUUAAGGAAGGAAUACACAUAUAUCAGAGACCAUCAAGAAUCUACCUGGAAACUGAUUUUGGCCUUUCUGUUAGCUUUGAUGGAAACCAGAAUGCAGAGAUUACUGUGCCCAAUACACAUAAGAAUGUCCUAGAAGGUCUUUGUGGAAAUUAUGAUGGGCGAAGUUCUAAUGAUUUUAGAACGCCAGAUGGUUCACAAGUAAAAGAUGUGGUGUCUUUUGGUGAAAGCUGGAAAGUUAAAUCAUGGAAAUCAAACUACAGAAAUAGGAGAGACAUUAGAUUAAGAGUGGAAGAGGAUAUUUUGGACACGGGGGACAAUUUAGCCUGCUCAUCCUCAGAACUUGCUUAUUUGAACAGCACAUCAUUCUGUGGAAUGCUUAGACAUAAUAAUGGACCAUUUCAAUCUUGUCAUGCAUAUGUUGAUCCAGAUGUCUACAUCAUGAACUGUCUUUUUGAUACAUGUGCCGAAUUUGGAAAUAUGGAAUUGUUCUGCUCUAAUCUUGAGCAAUAUUCACUUGCUUGCCAGGAUAAUGGCACUACACUUGAUGACUGGAGAGAAAGAGUUGGCUGUGAGCUUGCAUGCGGACCUAACAGUGAGUACAGCAAAUGCAUGAACGCCUGUCCUGCUUCCUGUAGUGAUAUGGCAUCAGAGGCAGAAUGUGAAGCCCCUUGCUAUGAAGGCUGCCAGUGUAGUGACGGUUACAUUCUUAGUGACUUUGAAUGUGUUCCCUACAAGGAAUGUGGAGUCACAUAUCUUGACAAGUAUUACCGGUAUGGAGAAGUCUUCAUCACAGAUGACUGUACUCAGAACUGCACUUGUACAGACACUGCAGCUGUAGUUUGCUUUGAGAUCCAAUGUAAGCCUAAUGAGAUCUGCACAACAGCAUAUGGAAUCCGAGGAUGCUAUAUACCUGGGCCUUGCCUUGAAAACCCUUGUGAAAAUGGUGGCACAUGUGUUGAAGCAUCUCUUGAAGUAAAUUCUAUUAGAGAAAUGUACUGUGUGUGCCCUGCAUCUUUUUCUGGAGACUUCUGUGAAGCUGAAGAUAAAACAUAUGACAACAGAGUUAUUUACAUUGUGAUCGGAGUUGUGGUUGGAAUUUUGGUUAUCGGUUUUAUCAUUGGUUUUGCUGCCUUUUGUUUCAUGAGAAAUCGGAAUAGUAAGAAAUUCCUUCUCGAAUCGCAGAGCUCUGAAGAUGGAAGAGUUAGCUUGUCCAGAAUAUCAGUGAAUCCUGGAGACACACCUACAUAUAAUGAGCGAAAUUUAAUAAAUCUAGCAUUUGUAGAAGACAGUGCUGUGCCACAGUAUGAGGAUAUAAAUGUAACUAACAACACAAAUGUAAAAACAUCACACAGGAACAACUGAACAGAAGUCAACAGACAAUGCAAAGGCAUGAGAGAAAACCAUCAUGAACAAAUACAGUUUAAAUCCCACAGCACUUUUUGUAAACUUCAGAAUAAAAUAAAAUUAAUGAAAUUAUAAUCUGGUAUGUCUAGGCAAAAAUCAAUGCACUUGAAUGCAAUUGUCUUCAUAUUGAUUUUAUUGUAACUUGCAGCGGAGACUUAUUUGCUUCAUUUGCCCUGAUCCGAUGCACUGUUAUUAUAUAUUUUUUUUUUAAAAAUUGUAAUAUGAAGUGUUAUUUAAAAUAAAUUUAUAUAUUAAUAUCUGCAAAAUGCUAAUCAUUAUCUUGGUUGGGUCCUUUAAUCUGUACAAAUACAUUGCGUAACAAAUGUAACAUUUUUGUCCUAAUUUUUCAAGCCAAUAAAGGUUUUAGUGCAAA